AUGAAGUCUAAGAGCAUCUACAACAUUGCACUCGCUGUCACGAUUCUUCUUCUGCCGCUGCUUGGAGGAAAGGUCAACAACACCACCGCAGAUGGAGGAGAGGAGGAUGAAGUGCUGCAAGCAGAAGAAGUCGGAAGACCCGUCGGCCUGGCAGAUCACAUCUUGAAAAGAAACAUAGUGACACUUGCUGAGGGCUCAAGAGAGGCUUUGACCCAAGAUGACUACGAGGAGUACAGGAAGACUUUUCCUGAUGCAUGCGAUGUUAAGCUUGGCGAAAAGAAAGGAGAGAAGGGAUAUAUCAUUGUUAGCUACUCCAAGAACUCCAAAGCGGCGCUAGAAGGGUGCACUUUGGAUCUCUACACAACUCUGACAAAUGAGAUCGAGUUCAAGGCUUAUGUGAGAAAUGAUAUUGGUAAAGGUAUUGAAGAAUGUGUGAAGUCAGGAAAUGACUACAAUGAGAACGUAUUGCCUUUCGCCUACAGCCAUCCAGACAUUCUCGAGAAGCUCAAAAAUACAGGGCCAAUCCCAUCAAAGUCGCGCAAAGGCUGUAACAGUAAAGUCUGUUUAGACAAUACGUGUAUCAAAAAGACGGCCCUUGAGCUUAGAUGGAGCAGUGCAAGGCUUGGCAUAAAUUUUAUCAUUCCUAUUAUCAAUCCAAUUGGCAGUCCUGCAUUUAAAUUAUCAUAUGGGUUAAUGGAAAAUUUCAACGUUGAAUCGCCGAAGUAUCCAACAGUGAAGGUCAAUCGCACGGGUUAUUCUAUCAGUUGUGAAGAGGGAACUUGUAAAGAAAAGAAAGUCAAAGACUUGUCUUGUACACCCGACCCUGUGGAGAACGUCCUUACACCUAUAACGUGGGAAAUCAUACCGCCUAAGCAAGGGAAUCGUCUACUUGUCUUCCAUCUUCUUCCACAAAAGGCAUCACGCAUAAUCCAACAAGAUCCUAAUAAAAAAGAAACAGAUGAGUACACAACAAAAGUAGAAAAUUUUUCACCAAAUGGGCCUAAAUGUGAGAAGCUUCAAAUUCUUUUCCAUACGGACAAAUACACCUUGAUGACUGUCGUUCAUCCUCCUACUACGACCACCACCACCACUACUACUACAACAACUUUGACUCGAGCGACAAAUGCACAGAUUGUAACAAAUAAACAGGGUGAAACAGCUUCCUCUCAAGCGACAAAUAAACAGGGUGCAACAACAACGACAACUGAAGAACCUAAAAGCUCUGCGCUGACUAUCAUCAUUGUGAUUGUUGUGGUUCUUCUGAUAAGCUCUUGUAGUGGGGCAAUUGUCUUCUUUGUCUUCAAGAAGAAGAAAGGUGGUGGUUCUGAUGGUGGGGACAAGACAAAGGUGGACGACAAAGGCACAAAAUCUAAAAAGGACGACAAAGGCGACGACAAGUCAAAAACGGACAACAAAGGCGACGACAAAUCUAAGACGGACAAGGACUCCAAAUCUGCCAAUUCGGAAGCAGCGACGAAUCCAAAAGUGAAGGAUGCUGGAGGCAAGGAUAUCUACGGCGCUUGA